UAAAGUACGCAGUGAGUCCUCGUGUCAACACACGAUCUCUCCGGAGCCGCGCUGCGCUCAUGCCUGCCGUUGUGUCCGUGAGGAUGGACGGUGUGUCGUUGGGCCUGGUGGCCACACUGGCCUCGCCACGUCCAAACUGCAACACGGAUUCCGAGGAGGACACGGUGAAUGGAGGGAUGCACACCUUCAACCAGACGCACAUGAGGAAGGCUUUCCAGCUGAUGAACGACCUGAGGAGUAAAAAGAUGCUGUGUGACGUCCAGCUGGUGGCGGGGAGCGUUGAAGUGCCGGCUCACAGGGUGGUGCUGGCAUCCUGUAGUCCCUACUUCUGUGCCAUGUUCACAGGUGACAUGAGUGAGAGCAAAGCCCAUCAGGUGGAGAUCAGAGAGGUAGACGGACAGACCCUGAGGAAGCUCAUCGACUACAUCUACACGGCUGAGAUAGAGGUCACAGAGGACAACGUCCAGGUUCUGCUGCCAGCAGCCAGCCUCCUCCAGCUGAUGGAUGUUCGUCAGAUCUGUUGUGAGUUCCUUCAGUCGCAGCUUCACCCCACCAACUGUCUGGGCAUCAGAGCCUUCGCUGAUCUGCACACGUGCACGCAGCUCCUCGACCAGGCCCACGCAUACGCCGAGCAGCAUUUCUUUGACGUGGUGCAGGGAGAAGAGUUCCUGGGCCUUUCUCUGCAGCAGGUGUGCAGCCUCAUCGCCAGCGACAAACUGACUGUUUCCACAGAGGAGAAGGUAUUUGAGGCGAUGAUUUCGUGGAUCAAGUCCGAUAAGCCAGCUCGUCUGGAGCACAUGCCCAAACUGAUGGAGCAUGUCAGACUCCCACUGCUGUCCAGGGAUUACCUGGUGCAGAUCGUGGAGGAAGAGGCUUUGAUAAAGAACAACAACACCUGUAAGGAUUUUCUCAUAGAGGCAAUGAAGUAUCACCUGCUGCCAGCUGACCAGCGGCACCUCAUCAAGACCGACAGGACCCGACCACGAACUCCUAUCAGCAUCCCAAAAGUGAUGAUUGUGGUGGGCGGACAGGCUCCAAAGGCGAUCCGCGGCGUGGAGUGUUACGACUUCCAGGAAGAUCGAUGGUACCAAGUAGCGGACCUGCCUUCAAGACGCUGCCGGGCAGGUGUGGUUUCCGUGGCGGGCCGCGUCUACGCCGUCGGGGGGUUCAACAGUUCGCUGCGGGAGCGAACGGUGGACGUGUACGACGGCGUGAGAGACCAGUGGACUGCGGUGGCGAGCAUGCAGGAGAGGCGCAGCACGCUGGGAGCUGCGGUGCUGGGGGAUUUACUGUACGCCGUGGGGGGCUUCAACGGCAGCAUAGGUUUGUCGACAGUAGAAGUCCACAAUUAUAAAACCAACGAGUGGAUAUAUGUCGCCUCCAUGAACACCAGACGCAGCAGUGUGGGUGUCGGGGUGGUCGAUGGUGAGACAAGAAGUAAGUUGUAUGCAGUAGGAGGCUAUGAUGGAGCAUCCCGUCAGUGUCUCAGUACAGUGGAGGAGUACGAUCCCGUUGCUGAUCAGUGGUGCUACGUAGCUGACAUGAGCACACGACGCAGUGGAGCAGGGGUUGGUGUGUUGAGUGGUCAGCUGUAUGCAGCAGGAGGACAUGAUGGCCCCCUGGUGAGGAAGAGCGUUGAGGUGUACGACCCACAGACCAACAGCUGGAGGCUGGUCUGUGACAUGAACAUGUGCCGACGUAACGCAGGCGUCUGUGCCAUUAACGGGCUGCUGUAUGUGAUUGGAGGAGACGACGGCUCCUGUAACCUCUCCUCGGUAGAGUUCUACAACCCGGCCAUCGACAAGUGGAGCCUCAUCCCCACAAACAUGAGCAACGGGCGCAGCUAUGCAGGAGUCGCAGUGAUUGACAAGCCGCUAUGACCAGGGCCCUCCCACAGCAUCGGCUCUGCGUCGGCAGGGACUCGAGACGCCGGAGAUGAACGCUGUGCAAACGGUCGGGCCGCUUUCAAUCCGCAGCUGAUUGAAUCCAGGAUGCAACUUGAGGUUGUUGUUGUCUUUCCGCUAAACCCACAACCUGAUUUUGUUGCUAUGAUCAUUUAAAUGUGUGAGAUCCUGACCUUUUUUAAAGUACAAUGUUGCACUGGAUGAAAAACAAUAUCCGCGAGAAUACGGGCUCAUAAGAACGUGGGACUUUUUUUGUUGUUGUCGUGAUCCUUCAAAUGAAAAGCACACGCGCAGUGGCUGUAUCAGCUGACAUGAGACUCGAGUGCUUUAGAUGCUCUGUGGCGUGAUGGACCGCAUCCAACCUGGGAAACUGAAUACUUUUACAACACCAGCUUGCUGACCCGGCUGCCUUUUUUACCGUUCUCGGUGUUGCUGCGAUCAUCAGGACUUUGUGAAACCGGCUCGUUUGCAGCAGCGUUCGCCAAGAUCCUGGAAGUCUGGUCACGCCGCGGGAGACUUUUUUGAAAGAACUGAUGGGACUUGCCACCGAUUCUACAACAUGCAUCAGCUCACGGCAACGUUAUUCCUGCCCCGGCCGUCAGCCGGUGCAGCUGUUCAGGGGAUCGCAAAAGGCCCACGGCUGCCAGAGUGUAUCUGUUCUCAACCCCGGGGGCCUGGACCUACAGAGCUGCACGACAAGUCAAAGAAUGUAGACAACAUCCUGUAUGCAAAUCUGCAAUGAUAUUUAAUAUUUCUAAGAUUGUUUUUAAAGAGGUUGAGAACCACUUGCUGUGGCUUAAACCCCGAACCAGUUGAUCCGGGUCGACCCAGUAGGACUUGAGUCUGUUGUCGACACACUACUGAUGCACUGAUCACUUGCACUGACUGAUCCCAGACUGGCAUGCUGGCUUGCUGCCUGUCUCACUGACCUGCUGCCAGCCGUCUGUCCGCCUGUCUCACUGACCUGCUGCCAGCCGUCUGUCCGCCUGUCUCACUGACCUGCUGCCAGCCGUCUGUCCGCCUGUCUCACUGACCUGCUGCCAGCUGUCUGUCCGCCCGUCUCACUGACCUGCUGCCAGCCGUCUGUCCGCCUGUCUCACUGACCUGCUGCCAGCCGUCUGUCCGCCUGUCUCACUGACCUGCUGCCAGCCGUCUGUCCGCCUGUCUCACUGACCUGCUGCCAGCUGUCUGUCCGCCCGUCUCACUGACCUGCUGCCAGCCGUCUGUCCGCCCGUCUCACUGACCUGCUGCCAGCCGUCUGUCCGCCUGUCUCACUGACCUGCUGCCAGCCGUCUGUCUCAGUUGCUCAUCGUACUCAUGGGAGCAUUUAAAACUCGCCAUUGAACGGCCAAUAGUUUCAUCAGAAAUUGAUAAAACAAAUGUGCCAGUUAUGCCGAUCAGAAGAGACACGCGGUGUUUUUAUCUCUUCAUAACAAACUGAAACGAUGAAUUGUUUCUGUUUUAUUGUGAAGUGUGUCAAAAUGCACUGUAGAAAUUCUACUGUAAAACUAUAAUGUCAAAGAAGCAGGUUUGAGAUCUUCUAUUUAUUGUUUUGGGGGCAUAUGAUCACAUCGCAUUUAUUCUUCUCAAAGGGAGGUUCUUGUUUUCAUUUCCUCCGCCUUGUGACACUCGAUUCACAUCCUUCAGACGACGGCGGGUGUAUUUUUAGAUUAUUUAGUUGACUGAUUGGUGCCAUAGCUUUUUGAAGAAAAGAGAUUUAUAGAAGCGGCUUUUCUCAGCCAAACCUUUCACUUCUGCCUGCAGUCUUCCAGAAAUCAUGGAUGCGAUUGAAUGUCAUUUCAAAACCUUCUGAGGAAAAAAAAGUAUAUGGAAUACUUUUUAAAAAAACAUACUGUUGUUUUUGUAUGUCAUGUGUACUCCAAUAGUCCCACCUCCAUACAUUUUGACUGACACAAUUUGUUAAAGCUUGCUUGAGAUACUGCAACAAUUGUUUUUAAAGGGAAUCUCGAGUGUUUACGGACAAACAUACAUUUUUAUAAAGCUCUUAAAUCAACACUCCAAAUUCCCGGAGCACCGCUGACCGUUGUUGUGCAGGCAAAAUAGAUUAUGUGGUGCAUUCAGGUGUCUGCACGUGGGUCGGGAAAAUUCACAAUUUAGUGAUUAAUCAUGGAGUGAUAUUAGAAGUCAAGAUGUCUGCCAUUUGAAAUCAUUCAGUCUGUAUUUCCUCCAUCGGAGAUACACAAUAAUUACUUUAGGUUAUUGAAAUGCUCCAGACGAUAAUCCACAGGAAGUUAUAACCAUCUAUACAAUUAGACAGGUUAAAAGAUACAAACAAACGGCAGUAUGGUAGAUUUUUGGGUCAUUGGAAACGCAAGCUAACAAAAUAAUUUCACGUCACGGUCCAUUUGGUAAGAGUCGUCUCAAGAGGACUCAAAAGCUCAGAAAUGGACCGUGAAGUGAGAUCUGCUGUUUUUGUGAAAAAGGAAGUUCUCACUGAGCAGAUGUUAUAUUUUUAAAUAUAAACUGUGGAUGUUGUAGACUUAACCGUUGACAUUGCGAGUGCAUUAUCUGUCGUUUGUUGUGGAGAUUGUGACAUUUGAACUUUCAUACAUUCAUAGUUGAAGCGUGUCAAACUUGAAAUAAUUUAAAUUAACUAAACAUAUUAAGCUUAGGCUUACUUUAAACUGACCUUUUGACUUACUUCAAAACUGGCUGACAUUGUAAAAUUCCAUGAGGUGUAAUAUUUUAUAUUCUCUAUAAAAUUUUGUAAUUUCA